AUGUCAGUCACACUACACACGAGCCUGGGCGAUCUGAAGAUUGAAGUCUUUUGCGAAAGCGUCCCUAAAACCGCAGAGAACUUCCUCGCUCUUUGCGCCUCGCACUACUAUGACGCCUCUCCGAUUCAUCGACUCAUCCCCAAAUUCAUGGCCCAGACCGGCGGCCCCGCGAAUCCUUCCCCGCCCGAGAACCCAAAGGGCGGCCGCUCCAUCUGGGGCGGCACCUUCGAGGACGAGAUCCGGCCUGCGUUGAAGCACUCUGCGCGCGGCGUCGUCUCGAUGGCCAACAAGGGACCCGGGACCAACGGGUCGCAGUUUUUCGUGCUCUUUGACAAGGCGCCGCAUCUGGACGGGCUCAACACCGUGUUUGGACAGGUCAUUGGCGACGAGGGGAUGGCGACGCUCGAUCGGAUCGAGGCGGUCGAGGUCGACCGGAAAAACCGGCCCAAGGAACCCAUAAAGAUUGACAGAGUCACUGUUCACGCGAACCCGCUUGCUGGUUGA